UUGAUAAUGAAGCAAUGGAGCUGACAAUGAUAUUCACUCCUUGCCUGGUUUUUUUGUUUUUUGUUUUUUGUUUUUGAUGCUUUUAAAAACUGCUGUCUAGGGUCGGAACUGCAACUUGCUCCGGAGGGCACGGGCUCCGUAGUCACCAUCUGCAAGGCCCCCUCCCCCUGCGGGCGCUCCCCUGGCACAAUUCGCGUUCGAGAGUGACCUGACUCGCUGCUUCAACUGGAUGCACCCAUCCCCAAUGCACCCCCUGCUCGCUGGCAGCGCAAAGCCAAGAAAGCCACAGGCCCGGCGCCCUCACCCAUGCGGGCCGCCAACCGAUCCCACGGCGCCGGCAGGACUCCAGGCCGAACUCCUGGCAAAUCCAGUUCCAAGGGUCAGACCACUCCUAGCAAACCUGGCGGUAACCGCUAUAUCCCCCCUCACAGUGCUGCCCAGAUGGAGGUGGCCAGCUUCCUCCUGAGAAAGGAGAACCAGCCUGAAAACAGCCAGACGCCCACCAAGAAGGAACAUCAGAAAGCCUGGACUUUGAACCUGAACGGUUUUGAUGUAGAGGAAGCCAAGAUCCUUCGGCUCAGUGGAAAACCACAAAAUGCGCCAGAGGGUUACCAGAACAGACUGAAAGUACUCUACAGCCAAAAGGCCACUCCUGGCUCCAGCCGGAAGACCUACCAUUACAUUCCUUCCCUGCCAGACCAUAACCUGGAUGCCCCUGAAAUCCGAAAUGACUACUACCUGAACCUUGUGGACUGGAGCUCUGGGAAUGUAUUGGCCGUGGCGCUGGACAACAGUGUGUACCUGUGGAGCGCAAGCUCUGGUGACAUCCUGCAGCUUUUGCAAAUGGAGCAGACUGGGAAAUAUGUAUACUCUGCGGCCUGGAUCAAAGAGGGCAACUACUUGGCUGUGGGCAUCAGCAGUGCUGAGGUGCAGCUAUGGGAUGUGCAGCAGCAGAAACGGCUUCGAAAUAUGACCAGUCACUCUGCCCGAGUGGGCUCCCUAAGCUGGAACAGCUAUAUCCUAUCCAGUGGUUCACAUUCUGGCCACAUCCACCACCAUGAUGUUCGGGUGGCAGAACACCACGUGGCCACACUGAGUGGCCACAGCCAGGAAGUGUGUGGGCUGCGCUGGGUCCCAGAUGGACGACAUUUGGCCAGUGGUGGCAAUGAUAACUUGGUCAAAGUGUGGCCUAGUGCUCUUGGAGAGGGUGGCUGGGUUCCUCUGCAGACAUUCACCCUUCAAGGGGCUGUCAAGGCCGUAGCAUGGUGUCCCUGGCAGUCCAAUGUCCCGGCAACAGGAGGGGGCACCAGUGAUCGACAUAUUUGCAUCUGGAACGUGUGCUCUGGGGCCUGUCUGAGUGCCGUGGAUGCCCUUUCCCAGGUGUGCUCCAUCCUCUGGUCUCCCCACUACAAGGAGCUCAUCUCAGGCCAUGGCUUUGCACAGAACCAGCUGGUUAUUUGGAAGUACCCAACCAUGGCCAAGGUGGCUGAACUCAAAGGUCACACAUCCCGGGUCCUGACUCUGACCAUGAGCCCAGAUGGGGCCACAGUGGCAUCUGCAGCAGCAGAUGAGACCCCGAGGCUAUGGCACUGUUUUGAGUUGGACCCUGUGUGGCGGCGGGAGCGGGAGAAGGCCAGUGCAGCCAAAAGCAGCUUCAUCCACCAAGGCAUCCGCUGAAGACCAACCCAUCACCUCAGUUGUUUUUUAUUUUUCUAAUAAAGUCAUGUCUCCCUUCAAAAAA